AUUUUGUAGCGCUAUUUCAAACCUAUAAAUGUGUUUGUUCGAGCGGAGAACGAUCCAAUACCAGAUGAAGUUCAACGACUUUGCUUCUUUACUCUGCCUCAUAAUGAGGCUAAGAGUCUAUAAACCGAGCUGGUGUCGGGACUUUCAUUACGGCUCCUUCGAGGCUUCCAGUCUGGAGAAGGAAGAGUUGGCUAACAUCCUGGCCCAAUCAUUCUGUCAUAGCCAGGACGAGUACCUGGCCUCCGAGCUUCAGAUAUCCUGCCAAAUCUAGAGCAAUGGUUUCAUCAACUGUGGGCAACACUGUUUCAACCUUGCAGGCCCACGGGGAUCCCAAAUUUAGAAACCGAAUCAUCACCAGACACCACUAUGGACAGGAUUCUUC